AUGGCGGAGACGGAUGGGGCGGCGCUCAAGCAGCUGCAGGCGACGUGCAAGGCGCUGCGCGAGGAGAUGACGGCGCUGUACGAGACGCGGCAGGCGGGCGACGGGCGCGCCAAGCAGCGGCGCUGGCGCGUGCUGCUGCUGCUGAGCGCCAUGAAGAGCGGCCUGCGCGACACCUUCCUGGAGGCGGACGCGCGCCGCGUGCGCGUGCAGGAGCAGAAGGACGUGGCGGAGGCGCACCAGCUGCAGCUGCAGAACCUUCUCUAUGAGAAGGACCACCUGCUGCGCGAGAUCCGCCGCUGCCGGGGCUUCAGCACCAAGGAGAUGGACAAGAUCGAGUUCGCGGACGGAGACAUCCCCAUCGAGGUGGACCCGGACGUGCACCGCCGCCACCUGGACCAGCUCACGCAGGAGCUGCACGCGCGGAAGAGUCUGCAGGCGGAGCUCAAGGAGAUCAAGCUCAAGAUCGCCAAGGUGGAGGACGCCACGGAGACCAAGCAGGCGUUCUUGAACGCGCUGCCCGAGCACUUGGCGGGCAUUGAGGCGGCCACCACGGGGCUGCAGAAGUACAUGGGGGAGCCGGUGACGGCGCAGCGCAACAGACAUCGUGCGGCUGGGGUGGAGCUGCCCACCCCGCUCUACGCGCUGUACUGCGAGCUGGAGGCUUACCAGACUGCUAGUGGUGAGGCGGGCAAGCAGUUGACGCUGGAGAUCGUGGACUCGGUGGGCGUGAAGCACGCGGGCGCGUUCCGGAAGCGCGGAUUCCCGGCUGCGCUGGAGCGACAGGAGCAUGCAACCCCUGCGGUGAAGAGACUCAAGGCGCCCUCACGUUCGCCCUCGGCCAGUGUGAAAGGAGCGACGCCGCCGCGCGCGCCGUCUCGCUCGCCGUCAGCGAAACGUGGACUGGGUGGCGCGGCUCAGGAGCCUGAGAGCGGGGAGAUUGUGGCAGCCCACACUGCUGAGAAACUGCUAGAGCUGAGGCCGCAUGCGUCCCCUUCAGAGGAUGAGGAGGCCAAGGAGGAGAGCUCUGAGUCCAAGCACCCUCACCACGAGCAGGAGGAAAACGCGGAUGUCACGCAUGUGCCGGCGCAAACCCUGUGGAAGCCGCACGCAAAGGCCCUGCAGCUGACUGUAUCGGUUGCAGUGCCAAUGAAUGCUGACAAGAGCGGAGCUGCAGCCAAGACGGGCUCGUUCACUGUGAUGUUCCAGUACUUCCCCGUGGCCAAGGUGGUUACCGCUGAGGUUGUGAAGACGGUCCCCGCUAGCUUUAACCACGGCAGCCACCAGAGAAGCAUCCUGAUGAACCUGUUCCCAGGCGACGACGGACUCACCGUGCCCCAUCUGGCCGUAAACUACGCUUUCCAGGAAGACAACGAGGAGCGCGCGGAGGUGGAGUUCCCAGCGAACGCAACCUGCCGGCCGUACUACUGGGCCCAGUGGAUCUGCGGCCUGGACCCUAUGAAGCGGCCAGACCCAUCCGAGAUGGAGGUCGAUGCCACGGAAGAGAAGCCUCGUCGUCGACCGGAGCCUUCGGUGCGUAAUGUUAUGAGCCAGCUCGUGAAGCGUUUUGUUGCUACUGCCGUGCUUAUGAAGCACUUGGAUCAGUUGGCAAAGUCUAGCGGUGGUUCUCACCGGUCAGAAGAUGGCGAUGCACACUUCGUACACCCACUAGCACGUCACUUGUUCCCACAUGAAGUGAAGACUCGACUUGAGGAGUGGAAGGAGAGCGCGACGCCACCGCAAGACAUGUUCCAGCUUUUCAGAGAGAGCGCUACGUCUUCAGCCCGCCCUCGUGCCGAGUUUCACCUCCCGACGACUGGCUGCCGCUACUUCCGUGCCAGCUUCAAGAAUGGCAGCACGCACAUCUCCGCUAUGGUCGAAAUCUCGCCGGAGUACCCGGUUCGCGCUUCACGUUUCAUCUUCCAGCCGCGCUCGUCGUCGAGCAGCAGAGCUCCAGACAAGAACCAGUUCCCCGUUUACGAGAACCAGCUGAAGGAGCUUGAGAUCGAGGUGAACGCGUACUAUGACGAGUUAAUCCUUAAGGGCUGCGAGCACAACCUGCUUCUCCACCAACUUCGCAAGAUCGAAGUGUGUUUCGACGUGCUGUGCAACGCCGCAGCUGACGGCGACGCCGACGUCUCUCUCUGCUUUGGCCGUGAACGUCGCGGCAAGGACCGACGCCAAGCCAUGGUCAUGGACACCGCCGCCAAGGAGCUGCGCCACCGGUAGAUGAAACUUCAGAGUGAGGCCACAAGAGGGGUAAGAAAAAAUGUCGAGGAGGGUGUUUUGCAUAU